AUGACGGGGCGAACGAUGGGACGACGGGCGAGCGCGCGCGAUGGAGGUCGUUCGCGCGCGACCGUCGCCCGCACCGCGGUCGCGCGCGCGAUCGGGCUCGCGGUGAUGCUCGGUGCGAUCGUCGCGGAGGCGUCGGGAGGGUGGUCGGGCGCGGGGGAGGACGCGGGCGUCGACGCGAGCGGACGGCGAGGAGGGGUGGGUGUUGCGGGCGCGCUCGCGGCGGGACGGGGCGCCGCGGUCGUCUGGGCCGCCGUCGCCGUCGUCGCGGUCGUGGCGUCGAUGAUGGGGGAUAUAGGCGUCGACGAUGACGCGAGAUCAACGCUCAUCGGUGGAGGUGGCGGUGAGCGAGGGGUCUACGGAACGGGCGAAGCGGUUGCGGGCGAGACGAGACGCGGACGGUUCGCGUCGACGACAGCCAUCUUGCGAACGAUCGCUAUCGGGGCGUCGAUGCUCGCCGUGGUUUCGAUUGGAAAUGUGCCGGAGUCGCUCGUGGCGACGCUCGGGGAGGGGACGAACGAGAGCACACGGCACUAUCCGGCGCACUAUCCGGCGCACUAUCCGGCGCGUGAUUCGACUUUGCAGCAGAAAUUCAUCGUUUCCGGCAAGUUCAACGUCACCGGAUGCGGCAACGAACAGUGCGAUUGGGAAAAAUUUAGCGACGCGAUGGCGCACUUUUUCCGGCUCACGAAUACCGACGUAAAAGUUGGACUCAGCGGCAGUGCGUUGGACUCGUUCACAGUUGACUUUCAACUCAAGGUGCUGGGACGGACGGUGGCGACGGGGAUCGCGGAGGCCCUGGUCCUAAUGCGGACAACUGAGUCGGCGCAGUCGAGUAAUUUCAACGUUGGGCUCGUCUCACGAGGCUUUCCCGCGCAAGUCGUCGCACUGGUUCACGGCAGGCUACGCGUUGCAGUACAAGACCUGGCGACGCAGACGAACGUACAACACGUGUGCAAGAGCAUCCUUCGCUUGGAAGGUAUAACUGCGAGCGAAUUCGACGCCAGUGCGCGAAGUGCAUUCAUAACUGGCAUGGCAGGGUUUCUAAAUGUGAGCGACACGAGUAUCACAAUCGCCAGAGUAUCCGAUGCGAAUAGCACGCAGUAUCGCCGCCGCUUGUUGGCAGACGAGGGUGUUGACGUUGAUUUUAGCGUGCAGACAAUCGAUCCGCACGAAGCCAUCGCGGUAUCAGACGCACUGGAGAGUUUAAGUCAGAAUACAACUGCGACGAACGAACUCGCGACUGAUUUAAGUCACUCAGGCUUGCAGGUUGCGAGAAUAGAACUCGUCGGUUCACCCAUCGUGUUGGAGAACCAAGUACCCGAGACUCACGGUUAUCCGAGUACAACCAAUAACUAUCCGAGUAGUCACGAUAACGGCUACCCGAGUGAUACGAACGGUUAUCCGAGUACAACCAACAACUAUCCGAGUAGUACCGAUAAUGGCUACCCGAGUGAUGGGAACAGCACGAAACAGAACACGACAACGCCGCCGAAUGACUACCCGGCAAAUGAUUACCCAGCGAAUGAUUACCCGGCAAAUGAUUACCCGGCGAACAACCAGACGGCGCCGCCGCCGAAUGAUUACCCGGCAAAUGAUUACCCGGCGAAUGAUUACCCGGCGAACAACCAGACGGCGCCGCCGCCGAAUGAUUACCCGGCAAAUGAUUACCCGGCGAACAACCAGACGGCGCCGCCGCCGAAUGAUUACCCGGCGAAUGAUUACCCGGCGAAUGAUUACCCGGCGAACAACCAGACGGCGCCGCCGCCGAAUGAUUACCCGGCAAAUGAUUACCCGGCGAACAACCAGACGGCGCCGCCGCCGAAUGAUUACCCGGCGAAUGAUUACCCGGCGAAUGAUUACCCGGCGAACAACCAGACGGCGCCGCCACCGAAUGAUUACCCGGCGAAUGAUUACCCGGCGAACAACCAGACGGCGAACAACCAGACGGCGCCGCCGCCGCCGAAUGUUUACCCGGCGAACAACCAGACGGCGAACAACCAGACGGCGAACAACCAGACGGCGCCGCCGCCGCCGAAUGUUUACCCGGCGAACAACCAGACGGCGAACAACCAGACGGCGCCGCCGCCGCCGAAUGUUUACCCGGCGAACAACCAGACGGCGAACAACCAGACGGCGAACAACCAGACGACACCAACGGUUGGACCGAACGGACCAACCGGACCGGCGCCAAGUCCUAGUGCUUACCCAUCGCAAUCGUAUCCGUCGCAGUCGUAUCCGUCGCAGUCGUAUCCACCGCAGUCGUAUCCUUCAGAUUGUGUUCACGUAGGCACAGACAUUGAAUUCACCGAAUAUGAGAGGAAUGGAUCGUUACCAAAUCAGGCUCUUGAAGAAGCGCAACGAUACGCUCAAGAGAACGGUCUACGUGUCCCGACAGCGCAUACAUAUGUCAGACCGAAAAUAUGCAACGCGCCGUACAUGCGUUGCUGUUCAGAGCUGCGCUGGAGGCAUGAUAACAUGAUUCGAUUCCCAUUUCAGUGUGGCGAUGCAUCGUCUUGCGAAAAGCGCACGUUCGCGGACGCACGAAGGAAUUGCAUGACCAGAGGAGGAUCUUUGUGUCGUGGUAAUGCGGCGACUACGUCCAAACAUGAUCCAUCGUGUCCUGGAAAUACAGUCGAUUACGUAUGGACGCUCACGAAGUGCGAAGUGAACGACGUGCCUGGACGCAUCAUCCGCCCAAGUGCAGGUGGUGAGAAUCCAGUUGGUCAACUGUGCGAAACCAACUUAUUGGCGCUUCAUCAGUCUAGAUGUUGUUCAAAUGUGUGCUAA